AUGGAAGCUUCUCAACCUCCACAGCAAUCCAAUGUCACUGCAUAUGGAGCCACAGCUGUGGCCAUCAUCACCCUGGAGGCAUUUGCUGGCAUGUGGAUAAAUGCUUUCAUUGUUUGUGUGCUUUGCAUUGCCUGGGUCCAAAAGAAAACCCUGAACUCUAAUGAGAAGAUCUUGCUGCUGCUGGGAUGCUCCAGGAUUUGCCUAUUAUGCUUCUCUUGUGUAUACAACUGCAUCACAGUAAUUUAUCCCAACUACUUUUAUGUUUACCCCAUACUUCAACUCCUUGCAUUACUUGCAAACUAUUUUUAUUAUUCCAACUUGUGGGUCUCAGCCUGUCUUUGUGGUUUCUACUGCAUAAAAAUUGCCAAUUUCAGGAACAGCUUCUUCAUCUACCUGAAAGGAAAAAUUGACCGGAUGGUGCCCUGGCUCUUGUUGGGGUCAGAGAUUGUAGCCCUGGCUAUGGGCAUCCUUUUCUAUGACAUCAAUGAAACCCUGCUGAAGAACAACAUCACAUCCACCUGCCAAGAAAACUUUUGGGAAGUAACUAUCAGAAAGGAUAAAAAUCUCUUCUCAUCUUUUUUUCUCAUUGGCUUUGGAUAUGCUGUCUCAUUCCUUGCAGUCAUCUUUUCUGCUGUUUUCCUUCUGUUUUCUCUCUGGAGACACAAGCGCACGAUGCAGACAAGCUCCAUGAAGGACCUCAGCAUGGAUGCCUACAUCAGAGCCAUGAAAUCUGUCCUCUCCUUCUUAGUGAUGUACAGCAUCAACUUUGUAUGUUUGCUGUUCACAAUAAUUUAUGCCUUGAAAAAUGAAAAUAUGAUGACACUCCUUAUUACCAUAUAUUUGUAUGCUUUUCCAGGUGUUCAUUCUCUUAUUCUGAUUUUCAGUAAUCCCAAGCUGGAAAAGGCACUGCUGAAAAUUCUCCCCUGUGUGAAGUGUGAGUUUUUCAUCAAGUAG